GGUCACUACUAGUUUCUAGCAGGCUCUGUGCUCGCCAGGCGAGGGUGAGACAGCCAAACAGCACGAGGCGCGGCAGCUGUGCGCCAGUCAGAAGGAACGUUGUAGAGAAACCAGUCUCAUCCUUCGCCAGCUCGCCACCAUGCGCCUCGCGACGUUCGCCACGUGCGCGCUAAACCAGUGGGCGAUGGAUUUCGAGGGAAACACAAAUCGAAUCAUCGCGUCUAUUCGCGAGGCGAAGGCUCGAGGCGCGUCGUACCGAAUCGGCCCCGAGUUGGAGAUCACGGGCUACGGAUGCGAGGACCACUUCCUCGAGCACGACACGUGCCAGCACGCCUGGGAGUGCUUGGCUGCAAUCAUCACCAGCGGCGCUACAGACGGCAUCCUGUGCGACAUCGGCCUACCAGUGGAGCACCGGGGCGUGCGCUACAACUGCCGCGCGUUCGUCCACGGCCGUCGGAUCGUGCUGCUGCGGCCCAAGAUGGACCUGGCGAACGACGGCAACUACCGCGAGACGCGCUGGUUCGCCACGUGGAAGCGUCCGGGGCAGUGGAGAGCGCACGGUUACCACCGGUGGUUACGGCAGCGUGUGAGGGGCAGAGAGAGGCGCCUAUUGGUGAUGGCGUGCUGGAUCUACUGGACAGCACGCUGGCCAGUGAGACAUGCGAGGAGCUCUUCACCCCCCUCGCCCCUCACAUCCGUCUCGCACUGGCCGGGGCCGAGGUGGUGGGCAACGGCAGCGGCAGCCACCACGAGCUGAGGAAGCUGGGCACACGCGUGAGCCUCAUCCAGUCCGCAACAAGCAAAGCGGGGGGGGUGUAUCUGUACGCCAACCAGAAGGGGUGCGACGGUGGACGGCUGUACUACGACGGCUGUGCGAUGGUGGUGGUCAACGGGCAGGUCGUGGCGCAGGGAGCCCAGUUCUCAGUGGUUGACGUGGAGGUGGUAAUCGCCACAGUUGACCUUGACCAGGUGGCGAGCUACCGGGGGGCCAUCAGCAGCUUGAGGGAGCAGGCGUCAGCAUCCGCCCCUGCGCCAUCCUCCUCCUUCCCCUCCUCCUCCUCCUCCUCCUCCUCCUCCCUGUCCGUCUCCCCCCCCAUCGUCCGCAUUCCUUCCGACAUCCCCAUCUGCCAUCCACCGUCCACUAGCCUCACCCUCGCCACCUCCCGCCCAAUUCAGAUCCACUACCACUGCCCAGAGGAGGAGAUAGCACUGGGCCCGGCGUGCUGGCUGUGGGACUAUCUCAGGCGCAGCGGUGCCAGCGGCUUCCUGCUGCCGCUGUCAGGAGGCGCGGACAGCUCGUCCGUGGCCGCCAUAGUGGGCUCCAUGUGCCAGCUGGUGGCAAAGGCCAUAGCGGGGGGCAACGAGCAGGUGCAGCGGGACGCAGAGCGAAUCACGGGCUUACAGCUGGCAGCAGGGGCGGCAGAGGAGGAGCAGAAGCGGCAUGCUGCCCUGCUGGCAGAUCGCAUCCUGCACACUAUCUACAUGGGCACGGAGAACAGCUCUCAGGCCACCAAGUCACGGGCCAGGCAGCUCGCCUCAGAGAUAGGCGCAUGGCACGUGGACAUGUGCAUCGACACUGCCGUUGCUGCUGUCGUGGCGCUCUUCGUGGCUGUCACCGGGCUGCGACCCCGCUACAAGCUGGACGGCGGCACAUCUGCCGAGAACCUCGCCCUGCAGAACAUUCAAGCGCGCCUGCGCAUGGUGCUGGCUUUCCUCUUUGCGCAGCUGCUGCCAUGGGUGCGCGGGCACAGGGGGAGGGGAGUAGGAGGGCCGGUCGAGAAGGAGAAAGAGGGGAAAGUAGGGAGCAGGGACGAUCAGGUUCAAAGGGCAGCCGAAGGGGCGGAGGCAGAAGGGGGGGAAGGGGGGGAGAGGAUAUUAGAGGGAGGGGAGGCGAUACCAGAGGGAGGGGAGGCGAUACCAGAGGGAGGGGAGGCGAUAGCAGAGGGAGGGGUGUUGAAGAGGGGCAAGGGAAGGGGAGGGGGGUCGGAGAGGAGGGGGGGGGGAGGGGGGUUCCUGCUCGUGCUGGGCAGUGCUAAUGUGGACGAGGCUCUCAGAGGCUACCUAACGAAGUACGACUGCAGCAGCGCCGACAUCAACCCCAUCGGCGGCAUCAGCAAGACGGACCUCCGCCGCUUCCUGCGCUGGGCGGCAGUGCACCUUGGCUUCCCCUCGUUGGCCGACGUGGAGGCAGCGCCACCCACCGCUGAGCUGGAGCCAAUCAGAGAGGACUACGUGCAGCUGGACGAGGUUGACAUGGGCAUGACGUACGAGGAGCUCUCUCUCUACGGCCGCCUGCGCAAGGUCGUGCGCUGCGGGCCCGUUGCCAUGUUCCAGCAUCUGUGCCACGAGUGGCGCGAGCGACUAACAGUGGCACAGGUUGCGGAGAAGGUUAAGGCAUUCUUCCGCUUCUACUCGAUGAAUCGCCACAAGAUGACCACGCUCACGCCCGCCUACCAUGCUGAGAACUACUCUCCGGAGGACAACCGCUUUGACUUGCGGCAGUUCCUGUACAACGUGCGAUGGCCGUGGCAGUUCCAGCGGAUAGACGCGCUGGUGGAGGAGCACGAGGCGGCAGCAGCAGCAGCCGAGGGAGCAAGAGAAGCAGGUGGCGCUUGAGUCGACUCAAAGGUGGCCAUGGCGGUUCAAGCGAAUCGAGCGCCUGUGGAGGAGCACGAGGUAGCUUUCUGUAGCAGCAGUUGAGGGCACUAACGCAGCAGGAGGUGAGGGAGGUAAAGAGCAGGGAAGGGGGGGGAGGGAAGAGGAGGGGAGUACUGCUAAUGCUGAUGUGGCAAGAAGCUGAAGAAGUUAUAGCACAGCAGUGCACUGGAUUGCUUUCGGAAUGUCCCACUAGUGCGGCGGCGGCCCAUGUUCAGUGAUCUCAUCAACUGAUUAUCAGUGCGGGACAUGCAUAACUGUCCUGAAGGACGGCACCUAUGGUGCUGUAACCUGUGGCUGAGAUUCGGUAGACCAUAAAGCAGCUAUGGUCUGCUGUUUCUUCGCAGUUGCUGCAUGGUCCUUGGGAGGACGUGGCCAUAAUGCUUCGAGUCGGAGGGUGGAAGGAGUGCACGCAAGGCAAUGCACUAAUCCAGUACCAUGUUGGAACAACGCCACGAGGUGAUGGCACCUUGCCGGAGGGAAUUGAAUGGGAAUUGGGAUGCCAGC